CCCAAUCAUCUCGUUGAAAGAGAGAAGAUGCUAAGAUCUCAAAGCAGAGUAUAGCAACAACAACACCUUGACCUCGCGCUAGAAAGAAGCCUUCUUUGUGUGUUUUCUUUAUCUCGGAGAUCUAAAAAAAAAAUGUCAAUCCUACAAGUCUCUACUUCAUCUCUUUCUUCUUCUACUCUUCUCUCCAUCUCUCCCAGAAAAUCACCCAAGUCUUCUCGGUUAAUUCGUUGUUCCGUCGAGGGAACCACUGUAACCGAGCGUAAACUCUCGGCAACAAGUGAGCCUCUUCUUCUGAGAGCUGUUAAAGGUGAAGUUGUUGAUAGACCUCCGGUUUGGCUUAUGAGGCAAGCUGGGAGGUACAUGAAGAGUUAUCAAACUCUCUGUGAGAAAUAUCCUUCUUUCCGAGAUAGAUCAGAGAAUGCGGAUCUCGUGGUUGAAAUUUCUCUGCAGCCAUGGAAGGUGUUUAAGCCGGAUGGGGUGAUUUUGUUCUCAGACAUUCUCACUCCAUUGUCUGGAAUGAACAUACCUUUCGACAUUGUUAAAGGAAAAGGUCCUAUCAUCUUCAACCCGCCGCAGUCAGCUGCUGAUGUUGCUCAAGUUAGGGAGUUCAUACCAGAGGAAUCUGUUCCAUAUGUUGCAGAAGCACUCAAAAGAUUAAGAAAUGAGGUGGGUAAUGAGUCCGCUGUUUUGGGUUUUGUUGGAGCUCCAUUUACUCUCUCUUCGUAUGUAAUCGAAGGUGGCUCAUCUAAGAACUUCACACAGAUAAAAAGAUUAGCUUUUUCUCAACCCAAGGUUCUACAUGCUUUGCUCCAGAAGUUCACAACCUCGAUGAUCACGUACAUACGUUAUCAAGCGGAUAGUGGAGCUCAAGCUGUGCAAAUAUUUGACUCUUGGGCUACCGAGCUUAGCCCUGUGGAUUUUGAGCAGUUUAGCUUACCUUAUCUUAAACAGAUUGUGGAAGCUGUGAAACAAACCCACCCGAACCUACCUCUCAUACUGUAUGCAAGUGGAUCAGGAGGUCUGCUUGAGAGACUGGCUAGGACCGGUGUUGAUGUUGUGAGCUUGGACUGGACUGUGGACAUGGCUGAAGGAAGAGACCGGCUAGGAAGAGACAUAGCGGUUCAAGGAAACGUGGAUCCGGGAGUUCUGUUCGGAUCGAAAGAAUUUAUCACAAGCCGGAUUCAUGAUACUGUGAAGAAAGCUGGGAGAGAUAAACACAUUCUCAACUUGGGACAUGGUAUCAAAGUUGGAACCCCUGAAGAGAACGUUGCACACUUCUUUGAGGUUGCACAAGGAAUUAGAUAUUAAGAGAAAGAUUGAAGAUUAUGCUUUGUUCUUCACUUCGGCUUUCAUCUUCUUUCUUUUUUUUUUCUCAUUUGAGAUGUGUAUUUUUAUAUUUUAACGGUAAUUUUUUUUUGUAGACUAAAAGAAUAGUGAUUAACUUGCAAUGGAUAUUGAUAUUCAUAUAUGUAUUC